UUUCUAUAUUUCGUAUCCACUCACUUUCUUUCUUUCUUUCUUUUGCAACCCGGUACUACUACUGUGGAGUACGGUCACAUUUUCUUGCUUGAAUAUGUAAUAAUGGUGAAGCAAAAACCAGUUUCCAGGUUUUGGUUUAGCUCUACACUAGCAACAAAGCACCGCCAUCGCCCUCAUCAGACUCUGCACUUUGUGUUUUUCUUUAUCGCUCUUCACUAGUUGCGUCCUUUUCCUUUAAGGCUCUCUUAUACAUGUAGAAGAACAGUAACCCUCCAGGGCAUCCACAUAGUAGUCGAUUUAUUUCUUGCCCCUUCUCUUUACUACUACUGUUUGUGUUGUUUUUCCGGCGGUCAAAACAGUACCGAAUUAAAAGAGACGUCAUGCAUCAUCACAAUCUUUAGGGUUUUGUGAAUUGUCAUAUACUAUCCAUGUUUCCUUCUAGCAGCACCACUAGUAAUACCCAGCUACCUUUUCUAUGUGAUGACAACCACACAAAUGGUAUUAUUGAUGAUUUUCAUCAAAACCCUAAUUCAAUAUCAUCACAUGGUGGCUAUCAUCAAUACUAUUCACAGUACUACUACUCCGAUGACCAGCAGCAGCAGCAGGCACCUGAUUUUCUUGAACACGAUGGAAUGCUAUUGAGCUACUUGCUAUCUCAGCAGCAGCUCUUGAUCGACAGCUCCAGUACUACUAAUGUAGCAACGCAUUCCAACCAUACUCGAGCUCACAGUAGCGCUGAAAUAUGCAUUGUGGAUUCAAAUUCAAACAAAACAAUGGAGUUGAUCAACCGUGCCGACGAGAUCACCGUUAUCCCGGCUGCAGAUUCACAGAUUAAGAAAAAUAAUGUGAAGAUGAAUGGAGAAGGAGGUGGAGAGAAAAAGGCAAAAUUUGCUCGAAAGAGAGCGAGUGGGAAAAAAGACAGACACAGCAAGAUCUACACAGCUCAAGGUCCAAGAGACCGGAGAAUGAGGCUGUCCCUCCAAAUUGCCCGGAAGUUCUUUGAUCUUCAAGACAUGUUGGGGUUUGACAAAGCCAGCAAAACAAUUGAGUGGCUUUUCACAAAGUCAAAGACCGCCAUCAAGGACCUCAAGCAGCACCUCCUCGUCUCACCCAAGGAGGAUUACAGCAGCACAAAUGGCGGUGCAACUGCAAAGGUGAAUUCAUUUGAGAGUACCACCGGUGAUGUCGCAUCGAAAAUUAUGGAGCCAAAUAGUAGUGCUGCAAAAGGUGACAUUUCCAUUGGGUUGGCUAGGGAGAAAAAGUACAGGAAGUUAUCAGUGGUUGCAAGGGAAUCGAGGGUGGAGGCAAGAGCAAGGGCAAGAGAGAGAACAAGGGAGAAGAUGAUGAGGAUCAGAGGGUUUGAUCAAGAUCAUCAGAGUACAAAGCAAAGCCAUAAGCAUCAAGAACAACAAAACCCUAAUGAAUUGUUUGAAACAGCUGGAAUGAUGAAUUCCAUGAUGAUGAGCAUGAAUCGUCCCAACGAUGGUCAGAAAAUUGUGGGCAGAACAAGUAGUAAUUGUGGUGGUGCAGAAAGAUUGUUUUUGAAUUUUGAUUUUUCGCGACAUGCGGAGGCAAGUGGAGCAAAUUCUGAGGACUGUGAUUUUCCAGGGAAUUGGGGAGCAAUCAACAACACCAAGAAUAUUAUUACAGGUAACGUGCUGCAAGUAGAGCAAAACCCUACCUCAUACCCAAAACAACAGAACCCUAGCUCAAUUUUCGGGACCGGUACUCAAGAGCAAAACCCUAAUUCAAUUUUCCUCACCACCUUAGCCAAAGCUCAAGACCAAAACUCCACUACCUCUUCAAAUUUUGCGAUCAAUACAAAUAUUAGUACUUUGCAGCCCCUGUUUACUGGAAAUUAACGAAUCUUCUUCCACCUUCUCCUCCUCCUCCUCCUGCUGCUAUAUAUAGCUAAUUAUCAAGCUCAGUAUCCGAAUAUAUUCACUGGUAAUUUGUAUUGUAGUGGAUUACUAUCUUUGACAGUGCGAGAAAAAUGUUUUCAGGCAUCUCUCUAAACUUUAUUUGAUUGCAUUGUUAGAAAAUGUAAUUUGAAGAUGUCGUAAUUUCUUGAAUUUAUAAAAAAAAAUUGUGCAAUACAGUGUCAGGUACUAUAAUAAUUUGUUUGGAGAUUUUAUAUUAUGCUAGCAUCGUUGUGAUU